CAGAGCUCUUGCCACUCAACCCCAGUUCCUCAUUACUAUUCCUGUGCUUAGAGUGGUCAUUGUAGACCUCACAACCUGCAUCCUGAAGAGAGAAUGUUCCAGAUGAAAGAUGUGAUCCUGAGAGCCCUUGCCCUGGCUUCCCUGCUGAGUCUUCAGAGAGCUGGAGCUAUCAAGGCGGAUCAUGUGUCAACUUAUGCAGAGUUUGUACAGACACGUAGUCCAUCAGGGGAGUAUAUGUUUGAGUUUGAUGAGGAUGAGAUGUUCUACGUGGACCUGGACAAGAAGGAGACUGUCUGGCAUCUGCCAGAGUUUGGCCGAGCCUUUUCCUUUGAUGCUCAAGGCGGGUUGGCCGACAUUGCUAUAAUGAAGAGCAGCUUGAAGAUCUUGACUGAACGUUCCAACCACACCCAAGCCACCAGUGAUGCCCCUGAGGUGACCGUGUUUCCUAAGGAGCCUGUGGAGCUGGGCCAGCCCAACACCCUCAUCUGCCAUGUCGACAGGUUCUUCCCUCCAGUGCUUAAUGUCACGUGGCUACGCAAUGGGCAGACGAUCACUGAGGGUGUUGGUGAGAGCCUCUUCCUGCCCAGAACAGAUUAUAAAUUCUACAAGUUCCACAAGUUCCACUACCUGACCUUCGUGCCCUCGGCAGAGGACGUCUAUGACUGCAAGGUGGAGCACUGGGGCCUGGAGGAGCCUCUCCUCAAGCACUGGGAGGCCCAGGAGCCAAUCCAGGUGCCUGAGACGACGGAGAAUGUGGUCUGUGCUCUAGGCCUGGUGGUGGGCCUGGUGAGCAUCAUUGCUGGCACUGUGCUCAUCAUAAAGGCUCUGCGUUCCAGUAGUGACCCUCGGGACCGGGGGCCUCUGUGACAAUAUUUAUGUAAAAGAAGAGGACCUAAGAGACAUCUGAAUUCCAGUGCCCUACAAACUCCAAUCUCAGCUUCCUUUCUCACUUGUUGUGCUCUCCACCCCAAUGACUGACUUACUUGCUGAACCCUUAAGUCCUGUCCUCUUUUAUGACCUUAAAGCUGCCAGCCCCAGCAAAGUUCCUGACACAUAGAUGGUAAUUAAUAAACAUUGACAUUUUUGCAGCACUAGUGUAGAGAUAAUUUCCUUGCUGGGCUUUCCAUCCCCUUUGAAAAACCCCUCCCUGACCUCUUCUUGAGAAUUCCCUGAGACCAAUAAAGUCUUCAAUAUUUUA